AUGGCUGCAGUCAGCGAGGAUACAUGGACCAAGGUGUCGACCGAGGCCACAACUGAGUUCGUGAAAACCUACUACCCAGCUUUGGGCUCGAACCGCCAGUCUCUCGGCUCCUAUUACUCCCUCGAGCCCACAACGAUCUUGUUCAACGGAAACGGUGUCGUGGAUGGUGCUGCUGUUCAGGAGAUUUUCAUGAACCAAAUGUCUCCGGCACACUACGAGGUUCAGUCCUACGACUGUCAGAUCAUCAACAGAGCAUACCCUACCCGUUUGCCAAAUGGCGAACUGAAGCCUAAGUCGGAGAUGGGGGUCAAAGACAUGUCGUUGCUCGUUGUCGUCAGUGGAUUCGUUCGCUAUGGAGAGGGUCGCGACCAGCCGCAGCGCGGGUUCAGCGAGACCUUUGUGCUGAUUCCGAACCCCUCCGCGGAGCGGGCGCGGGGCCGCAAGGAUUGGCUUAUUCAGAGCCAGAAUUUCCGCCUUGUCGUCUGA